GGAUACGUGGCCCCGAGCCCAGAGGAGAGGGCUCUGCCCUGAACGCUGGAAGCCCCCAAAUGAGGACAGGUGGGGCCUUCCGACCCCGGCUCUGCCUCCCGUAGCCACAGCUUCUACAACCCUCUAUGGGAGGGACCCGGAGGAGGGUCUGUAAAGCUGGAGACAACGUGUCUCUGGGGCAGGGCCCGGGCCACCAACACCCCGAUGCUCUGCAGCUCGCUCUUGACCUGCUUAGGAGGACGCUGGUGUUCUCGGAGGGGUGUCGUCCCCUUCCUGGGCACCUUCCUCACCGACCUGUUCACGCCGGAUACUGCCAUGGAGGAGGACCUGGAGGGCAAUGAGGUCAACCACCGGAGAAGAGCAAGGCCCCUCAUGCCCCCGGCCUCUCUCUGGGCCCAGGAGUACCGAGUCCUGACCGAGAUCCUGCUGCUCCAGGUGCCCGCGGGUCGGUACCACAUAGAGCCCGAGCAGCCGUUCCGGGCCUGGUUCCAGUCUGGGACGUGGCUCAGCGAGGAGGAGAGCUACACCCUGUCCUGCCAGCUGGAGCCCCGAGCCUGCCCCCAGACAGGAGGGGCCGGCCGCAGUCACCCCCAGGCCUGAGCCGAGGUGCAGGGGCCUCGAGGGGACGGGCCCGUCUGCGCGACACCACUUCCUCCCGCCUCUUCACCCAUCGGGAGGACGAUAUGUCAUUGUCUUAACCAGUAAAUGGAAGACUUCAAUGUUGUGACAUUAAAGCC